AUGCCGAUUGGUAUGAGCCCAUUCCGGUUGGUUUAUGGGAAGGCUUGCCAUCUUCCGGUGGAGAUAGAGCAUAAAGCGUAUUCGGCCGUAAAAGAAUACAACACUGGAUUUGGGGUUGGAGUCAAAAGGAAGUUACAGUUGGUGGAGCUUGAGAACCUUCGAUUGGAAGCCUAUGAAAAUUCAAGGCUUUACAAGGAGAAGAUGAAAGUGGUGCAUGAUAGAAAUAUCCGAAGAAGAGAGUUUUGGGCUGGAGAGCUAGUUCUUCUUUAUAAUUCUUGGUUGAGAUUGAUGCCCGGAAAGUUGAGAUCAAGGUGGGAAGGUCCUUAUAGAGUGGAGAAAAAGGAACCAUAUGGGGUCUACCACCUACGCCAUCCUUCAAGCCCCAAUAUAUUCAAGGUUAAUGGUCAUCGUCUAAAGCUAUAUCAUGGAGAAAAUAAAAGCAACAAAAAAGUUGAGGUGUUCCUCCUUGAGGACACACCCGAAGGCGAAGAGAUAUGA